CACGAGGCAGGCGGCGGCAGCCGCGCGGGGCAGUUGACACCCAGAUGGAGUGGGAGCAGUUGGUUCGGAAGGUGGUGGUGCUGCAGGCCUGUGUCCGGGGUUUCCUGGUCCGACGCCAGUUCCAGAGUCUCCGAGCAGAGUAUGAGGCUAUUGUACGAGAGAUCGAGGGUGAUCUGGGCACACUGCAGUGGACUGAAGGCUGGAUUCCCAGGCCCCGGUUCCUCCCACAGAAGGCAAAAUCCCAUCGGAACUGGAAAGCUGGAGAGAGGGUACCAAAGUCAGAGCAGGAACUAUGGAGUUGCUUCCCAUGUAAGGAGCCUGAGAGAGAGAUGAUGCUGAAGAAGUCCGGAGAGAGCUCAGCAAACUCAGAAAGUCUUCACCGCAGAGAUGACAGCUCCUGGCUUCGGGAUCAGCAAAGCAGGAAAACCAGGAAACCCAGCCAAGAGGAGACUGAAGCUAUGCCAAGGAUGGAGAACCCAGAAGCUGCAGGUCCAGGACUGCCCCACAGUCCAACAGAGCUCCAAGAGCUCCAGUACCAGCGCAGCCACUUGGCCAUGGAGCUGCUGUGGAUACAGCAGGCCAUCAAUAGCCGUAAGGAGUACCUAAUUCUCAAACAAACACUGGGAUCCCCAGAGGCAAGGUUAGACCACGGGGGACAGACCUGUGAGAGAGCUGGGUCACAACCAGGCCCCCCACUGGAAGACCAGUACUACAGAGACAGGACAACUGGAGAGCAAGACCAUGCAGAUGACUCUUGCUGGAGGCUCAGAUCACAACCUCACAAAUCCCCAGAAAGACUGGCCACUACAGAUGAAACCACUGCUGGGGCCAAGUACAGGGACCCAAACCGCAGGAGGGCUGGAUCACAGCUACCCACACCAUCAGAUAAGCAGGCCAUAGAGAACAGGCUCACCAAAGAGCCACAUCCUGGGGAACAGACCUUUGGAGGAAUCUGCCUACAGCUGACAAAACCGGAGGACCAGACACCCACAGGCCUCAAACCUAAGGGCCACUGUUCUGGAAAGGCCAGAACACAGCUGCCCACACUCUGUGUGGACCCAAAUAUUGAAGAUAAGUCUCCCAGAAGGUCAGACCACAAAGAGCCUAAUUGCCAAAGAGCUAGGCCACGAGAGCUGGGCCUCUCAGAGGACCGUGUCAACUGGGGUGGGACUUUGGCAGAACAUGGUAGCCUGGAUCUCUGGAAGACCAAACCACAGGGCCAGACCCCCAGUAAUAAAAGCUCCAGAGGUAGAGCUUCCAAUGAGCCUAGCCCUGAAGGAUGGAAAAACCAGAGGAAUGGACCGUGGAGAUCAAGGCCACUUGAGAAACUGUCUUCUACAGGGUAGAUAGCAUAGGAGAGAACCACUGGAGGGACAGGCUGUGGGAAACAGGACCAGCAGGCUAGACCCUGGGGGAGCCAGGGCUGAUAUGAAAGGGCAAGGAGACAGGUCCCCGGUAGCAGUUCUACCUCCUGCCCCUGGCUCUUGGUGGCCAGUGGGGCCAAGAGAAGCUGGAGCAGAGUUGGCACCAGUACAGGGAGAGGAGGGAGAAGGACACUCUUUCAUCCUUUAUCUGGGCUCAAUCCAAAUUUCAGGACAGGGGAGUUACCUGGGUAAGUAGAAGGGGAGACCUGAUGGAAAAUAAAGGUUUUCCUUGGA